GCUAGUUGUGUAUUGCAUUCUUUCCAUUCCAUUGAAGCUUUGAUAAUUUUUCAAUGGCUUCUACUCUUCCUCUUUUCCAUUGCUAUUGUCUUCUUCUCUAGUUCAAAUGGAGCAAAUUCUAAACCCCAGGCGUUUCACCUUCCCAUCAGGAAAGACGAUGUCACACUCCAAUAUUAUACUUCAUUUGAAGUUGGACCUACUGAAUUUAUUGUGAAUGCAGUCAUUGACCUUGGGGCACCAUUUCUAUGGUUCAACUGUGCUGAUGGUUACAACUUCUCAUCCUACAACCCGGUUCCUUGUGGCUCAUCCAAAUGUAAAACAGCUAAGGGCAUAGGAUGCCUUGGCUGCAAUGGGACACCUAGGCCAGGGUGCACCAACGACACUUGCUCUUUGUACUCAUAUAACCCAUUCAAUAAUUCACUUCGAAGUGGGGGAUUAGGCGAGGAUAACAUUUAUGUUUAUGAAACUGAUGGGAUAAGUGUCUUAUUACAUAUAAAUGUGCCUAGAUUUCCUUUUGUUUGUGCAGAUUCAGGCAGCUUAGUUGGCCUUGCUAAAGGUACUAAAGGCAUUCUAGGCCUCGGAAGGACCCAAAUUGCAUUUACCAAUGCAGCUUGCAAAUGCAUUUGAACUUAAAGCGUAAGUUUGCUCUGUGUACCUUCUUCAUCCCAGUCAGGAUUAGGAGACAUUUUUUAUUGGUGGUGGACCUUAUUAUAUGCUACCUUAUACCAAAAAUGUGUUAGAGUUGCUCAUCACAAGAC